AUGAAAAAGGAAGCGGGAAAGGAAAAAAUAAUGGUUUAUUCACUGGAAGAAAAAGUUCAAAAUUUUGCAAUAUGUUCUCGUGUUGGAAUUAUAUUAUUGCAAUUUUUAUCAAAUUUAAUAAUUCCAGAUCAUGAUGCGAAUGUUUUUCAAAAACCAUUGAAUUUGAGUUAUACAAAAACUCGAAUUGAUAAAAUCACUGAAUUAUUAUUUAAAGGUUUAACACAUUGGGAUGCUCAAUAUUUUUUACAUAUUUCCGAAUAUGGUUACACUUACGAAAACACAAUCGCUUUUUUUCCACUUUUCCCAGUUAUAAUUAGACAGUUGAGUAACUUAACAUUAUCAAUGUUAAACUACAUAAGUUUUUAUUUUCAUUUAAAUAACUUGAUGUCGAUGCACAGCUUGUUGAUAAUAGUAUCAGUUUUAUUUAAUAAUUUAUUAUUUAUUUACACUUCGAAAAUUUUAUUUAAUUUAAGUUUAGUCGUUUUGAAAAGUCAAAAAUUGGCAUUCAUAUCGUCAAUAUUGUUUUCCAUCAAUCCAGCGAGUAUAUUUUUUUCAGCAGUUUAUUCAGAAUCCCUGUAUUGUUUUUUGAUAUUUUAUGGACUUUUACAAAUUAAUAAAAAUAACAACGUUCUCAGUUGUUUGAUAAUGGGAAUGACUGGAGCAACUCGUUCAAACGGUUUGAUAAAUUUAGGUUUUGUGAUUUAUCAAUACAUAAAAAUGAGAUUCAAAACGAAAACAUUACUCAUGUUUAGUUUGGUUUUUAGCAUGGGAGUUUUUUUAACAAUUAUUCCAUUCGUUAUUUAUCAAAUGUAUUGCUACGUUAAAUUUUGUCAUCCCCAUCGGGAAAACUUACCGUUAUUUAUUCGACAAUAUGGCGUAUCGAACGAGUACGUGUUUCCGGCUAAUAGAUCAACGUGGUGUAAUGAUUCUUAUCCGAUAGCUUAUUCCUACGUACAAAAUCGUUAUUGGAACGUGGGAUUUUUAAAUUAUUACGAAUUAAAACAAUUGCCAAAUUUUCUUUUAGCAUUCCCAAUGAUUUACAUCGUGGGUAGGGGAACGUACGAUUUCGUUAAAAAUUAUAAAUUUUCUUUAAUUUUUUUGGGGAUCGUUGAUAAAGAAUUGGAAGGAGAAUUACCCUUGAGAAUAUUUCCGUACGUUGCACACGUCGCAUUUUUAACAAUUUUCGGUAUUUUAAUGGUACACGUUCAAGUAAUAACGAGAUUGUUGGCUUCGUCGAGUCCGUUGCCAUAUUGGUAUUCGGCCAUAGCUUUGUCGAAAACGAUAAAAGUUCCCGCGGAACGUGAGACAGUGUUGGACAAAUUAAAUAAAAAAAGGGAAAAAAGUCGCGAUAGUUGUUUUUACGAGUGCGACAAAACGAAAAAUAGUUAUUGGAAAAAUUUUCUUUUCACCGUUGAAAAUUCAUUUGAAAAAUAUCCGUUAUUUAUAAAAUGGUAUUUCAUAAUUUAUUUUUUUAUCGGUACCGUUAUGUUUUCCAAUCGGUUACCGUGGACGUGA